AUGUCUCAACAGAACGGUAUUGCUACCCUAUUAAAGGCUGAAAAGGAAGCUCAUGAAAUUGUUUCAAAGUCCAGAAAAUACAGACAGGAUAAGUUGAAACAAGCUAAAUCCGAUGCUGCCCAAGAAAUUGAAGCUUACAAGACCAAGAAGGACCAAGAAUUGAAAGAUUUUGAAUCUAAGAACGUUGGUAGUACAGCUGAAUUAGAAAAGCAAGCUGAACAAGAUGUUCAAGGUGAAUUAGAAGAAAUCAAGAAAAUUUCAAAGGCUAAGACUCCAGCUGUUAUUAAAUUGUUAGUUUCUGCUGUCACUGAGCCUAUUCCAGAAAUGCAUGUCAAUGCUAUUUAA